AUGUCAUCCCUAGCCUUUAACGGCUCACCCAACUCUGCGAUGUCAGCGGAUACUUUCGAGAUUGAUAUUGAUGAGGCUCUGCGAGAGUUCGCAGCCCCAAGCACGGGAGCGCUCUCGCCUGGUGACCGCGGCGAGCCGGACGGCGAGGGCACUCCCAGGUCGACGAGCCCACGUGACCGCGACAUGGCAGAGCACGGGGAUGAAGAGCUGCCAACAGAUGAGCCUCCAUCUAGCGAGUCCAGCGGCUCCGACAUUAUCCACAUCGACCUCACGCAGCGACCGCCGCCCCUUCCAAUGUCGGGCUUGGCGCUGGAGCAGCUUGUCAGCAUGCUCCCAGCUUUUAAGGGCCCUUCCGCAGAGGCGGGUGCAGAUUGCGCAGACCGAAGUGCCGAGGCUGCACAGAAUGCGGACACGGAGGCUAACGAUGAGCAGGAAGCCGGAGCGCGCAGCAGCAACGGGCAAGGGGCGGCGGGGAGCCCUCGAUCACCACGCGUCGCAUUGACCUUUGUACCUGGCCUGGGCCUAGUACCCAUCGUCAUAGAUGAUUCACUGGAGGAUGGAGAAGGUGAGGAGGAGGAGGAGGAGGAAUUAAACAGCAGCAUCUUCGGGGUGGAUGGAGACAUGGCGCAAGAAGGCGACCUUGGCGCCCUGCCUGAGCCUGAGGUUAGCGGCAUGGAGAGCGGCAUCAGGGCAGUGGAUGAGGUAACGGCGGCAGGCCGUUCGUCUCUGUUACGGAGUAACGAGUGCCUUGCCAGCCCGUCAGACGGUGGGUAUGUGGCGUGUGCAGAGAUAGAUGUGGACGAUGCUUUGGCGACUUGGGAAGUUGAAGUCCUGCAGGCAUCAGAUCCGGUCCCAAGCGACGGUGCCGACACUGGUGUGCCAAGCAGCAGCGUCCCUGCAGAUGACACCUCUCGGCUAGGGAUUAGCAAAGAGCAGUUUAACAGCGUCCUUCAGCAAGAUAUGCAUGGCCUUGAGUUUCAAAAGGUAACCACUGAAGAGGAAGGCGAUGGCGACGCCCAUCAACUAUCGCCUGAGGUGGGCCUUAGCAGCACACCCCGCCAUGCCGUGCUGGAGAGGUUUCUUGGCGCUGAUAUCCAACCUGCGACCUCCAACGAUGACGGAGGGACACGCAUCCUGGAAACCACAACGCAUCAAGACAGUCGGUCGUGCCUCCCUUUUUCGGGAGAGAUACGUGGGAUGCCCAUCGGCGCAGCUGCAAUGCUUAGCGAAAAUCCGCCGGCAAUUGCUACGUGCGGGGAGGAGUCGGAUGAUUACGACGAUGAUCUUGUUGACGAGGAAGCGGAUGAUAGCUUGGAGGAGGUGGAUGACAGCGGCAGCGGGGGUGCGGAUGAGCCAGAAUGCAUUCUGGGUGGCUGGAACCACACACGCCUUGGCUUUGCUCAGGAUGGCAAUUACCGCGGCAAUGUUGCGGCACCUGUGUCGCAAUACACCUCCACAACCGUCGAGGCGUCUGGAAUUUAUUCAUUCGGGGCAGUCAGCGCGAGUACAACACACGAGCCUUCACCUGCGCUUACUGUAAACGGCUUUGCUGAUGCUCGGUCCAACGGCCGGAUGACGGACGCAAACAACAUCACUGCGCUGCAACUUCCGCGACCCCGCUACCUGGCUUAUAAUGCGGCUCGGUCCUGUGAUGCCUCAGACAACGCCCUUGAUAACGAUUUGCCAUUUGAUGAAGCGGAUCUGAAAGCCACAACAGCUGGUAAUGCAACAGCAUCCGGUUUGGAAGGCGCUACCACACGUGCGGCACCAGCUUCGCUUGCAUCAGAGACCAAUAAAUCUGAUGUUGUUAACGGGGGUAGCAGCUGCAGUGGGAGCAUGCAUUCAAUGGCAACGACAGUCACAGGCAGCAGUCCUGGCGCCAGCAGCAACGCUGGCAGUGACCUGAACUCGACCUUCCGUGGGACUGGCCAAUCGCUAGCAGCUAUACGGCAAGCUGCCCUGCAAGCGGAGGCGCAGCGCCAGGCGAAGCUGAUGGCUGAGCGGCAUGGAGGGGGCGGUGCUAUCGGACCAAAAGUGGAGCGCACGGACCUCCUGGCAUAUCGCCAUCACUUAAAUCCAGGCAGCAAUCGCCCAGAACGACGCGCUGGCAGGCCCGGUGCUUCAAGUAUCAACAAUCCUUUUGGUUGCGCUGAGCAGGAGGCGUCAGCUGCAGCUGGCCUAAUGGAAAUGGGCGUGGGCGGUCGGCAUCAUGCCGUGCGCCGCGGGGGCAUCGGCAGUAGCACCGGUUACGCGCAAGGGGAUACCCGGCAGCACCAAUCUGCUGUUGCAGAGGAUGACAAAGAGGAGAUGGACGAGGAUGGCGAUGGAGAUCUGGAGGACUUGCUUCGCGACCGUUCCAUCAUCCAGCCGCGUUAUCCGACAGAUAACAAAGCCUGUCGGGAUGUCGAGCUGUCACGCGGCAAGGAUGCGCUUGACUUGUCAUCGACGAUGGAAGCAGAUGAAUCGGGUAGCUGGCGGCCACGGCACCGUCGGUCGGUGGACGUUGUGGACCUGGAUAUGUUGGCCAGAAGCGAGCCGAACUUGGGCGUGCCUUUCCGAGGCGGGCCCGCAUGGAGCAGCCCGCGGCUGGAAGGUGUUGACAGCGGCUCAGACGGUAGUGGCAGGAGUAGCAGUGCGCAGAGCGUGGCCGAUGAGCGUCUGGUGGAUGAACUUGAGACGUCUUUCACUUGGCUUAUAACAUGGUCCUUGGUCUUAAUGUCUCUCUCGGUUCCUGGACCGUGUCAGACGCUGCGGGAGGAGCUAGGUCAGAAGAACACCCUCGUGGCCGGCCUCAGAGGAGAGCUCCGCAAAUACACUGACCUUACAACGCGCUUGGAGCAACAGCUAAACGAGCUGCGGGCACACCGCGGCGAUGCUAGCACUGCGGCCACUAAAGCCCGUUACUGCCGAAGCCAGUCGGAUGCCGGUGCCACCGGGAGCGUGGCCGCGGUGCCGCCAAGCAACAGCCUUGGGCCCAGCGAACAGGCAUCGCGGCAGCGGGACAUGGCCGGGAGCUUGGGCGCAGGUUCGCUGCCGGGGUCUGUGGGCCUAUCACAGGCUCCACAUGAGGCACAGCCGUCGACUGGAGGGGCUCCGGAGGGAGGCUUGGUGCACUCGCUGCCUCCACACCCCCAGGCGCAGGGCCUGGAGGGGCCGGCUCGGCUGACCUUGUACCGCGACAUCUUGACACAGGCACAGCUUCAGGUGGCCCGAUCGGGCGGGCCAGCACCGCCCGGCCUGCGGGAUGCCCAGGAGCUGCACAAGGGCAAGGAAACUCUUGAUGCGGGUACAGAGAAGGUUAUGCUCUUAAAGUUGCAAAAAAUUGUCACUUGGGGUUGUGAUGCCGCCUGGAAGGCAUCGGUUGCGCAGCAACAACUGAAGUUCAUGGAGCACACUGCCCAGCAGAAGACGCAGGAGCGGGCAGCCUGGCAGGCAGAGCGCGGGCAGUUGCGACAGGCGUUGCAGGAAGCACGCACCGCGCAGGCACAGGCCACGCCGGGGCUGGAGCGAAGCAUGGUGGGCCAUUACCUGGACGGGCCGGACGCCAAAAAUAUGGAGGCCGAGCUGCGGCGCCAGCUGCGGGCCGCAGAAGACAAGGCGGCGGCAGCACGUGACCAAGCCGCCGACCUGGAAUCUACUGUGGCUACGCUGAAUGCUGAUGUACGUAGGCUACGGAGUCAGCUUCGAGGCAGCCGCGACGGCGGACAGGAGGAGGCAGUCGGCGUAGACCCAGUAGCAGAGCAUGUGUCCUCUGCUGACAACAAGGCAUGGGCGAUGGAACGCAAAAUGCUGCUGAUCACAAUUACGUCGCUCAAGGCAGAGUUGGAGCAACUUCGCAGGGCCUCAUCGGGGAGUUCUAUUGUUCUGGGCGGUCUGCAUGACCGUGCUCCAGAAGCUGCCGACCUUUCCAUGAAAUUACUCCCAACUGACCAGGCCGCGAUGGAGCUAACGCCGGCCGACGCGGCGUCAGGUCAGGUGCAAGAACUGCAGGCCGAGCAUGAUGCGGCUUUGAGAGGGUGCGCCAGCCUUCAGCGGCAGCCGGAGGAUGCAACGAUUUGUAUGUCCGGGGAUGUUGGCCGGGGCCCGGGAAUGAUUGCAACUCGGAGCGCUGCAGAGAACCCUCAAGACAUGCCUAACCAGCUACUCGUGGAGCAAUUGCGACAGGAGCUGGCGGAGGUACGUGACGCCCUGGAGAGGAGGACCGCGGAGGCGGAGGCGGCCGUGGCGUUGCACGAGCAGCAGAGCGCUGUGCUCCGGAUGCAGGUUGCCGACCUAAGGCAGGAGCUGGCGUUGACGGUGGCGGACUUGGCGGCGGCAGAUGGCUGCCGCGAGGAGAACCGGCGUGCCUUGGAGGCAGAGCAGGCGGCUGUUGAGGGAAAGAAGAGCUUAAUAGAGGAGCUUCAGCGGCAGCUACUAGCUUGUGAGGUUGAGCGGGAUGAGUUGAAGACCGCAUUCAACAAGGAAUUGGGCGAGAAGAACACACUGGAGGAAAAGCUGCAGCAUGCACGCAACGCCUUGACUUCUGCGUUGCGUACAGCUGAGAAUGCAAAUUCGGCUGCGGAGCAACAAACCGUAGCCGCUGCGGAGCAACUUGGCCCUGGUCAGGAUGCUGCACUUGCCAUUGUUGAAAUCCAAGAGGUGCUAAAGUUGAAGAGCAGUGAGUGUGAGCGGCUCCAACGGUUGAUUGAGGAUAGGACGCGCGAACUGGCAAGCGCUGAGGCCAAGCUGGAGGAUGUGCGCGCUUCAGUCUCGGUGCUGGCAGCCGAGGCGUCGCAGACACAAGCCCAAGUUGGGGACCUGCAAUCGGUUCUGGAGAACAUGCAGCAGGCGCGGGACUCCACCGAGACCAAGCUGGUCCAGGCCGUUGAGGAAAUAAAUGCACUGAAAGACAGGAUCAUGGGUUUGAUGGACGAGGUGGAGAAGGCACGCUCGGAUGCCAGUUUUUGGCGCGAACGAGCAGAGGAGGCAGCAGCGGCUGCGGCCGAGGCGCGGGAGGAGAUCUCGAGGCUGCGGGCCUACGCUGCAGGGCUACAGGCUGAAGCGCGUGACCUCCGCACGGCCCUAUCAGCCGAGGACAACGUGCAGGCGCAGCUGCGCGGCCAGGUAGACUUCCUGGAGUAUGAGCUGGAAGCGCAAGCCUCCCUGGCGCAGACGCGUGGUGAGCAGGCCGCCAAGAUGGAGGCGGCGCUGGCGGAGGCGGAAUACCAUCGGCAUGAUACCGUCACAGAGACCGCUAGCACUGCCGAGGUGACGUCGGCGGAGCUGCUGGCCGCGCAGGCAGCAGCCAUCGAAGCACAGCAACGGGUGCAGGAGCUGGAAGCGCGUCUCACGGAACUGCAGAGCGAGCUGGCAGACGCGACCCUCAGCUGCGGCGCACCUCGUGCAUCUCACGGCAGCAAUCUGGAGGAGCGUCACAUAAUUACCGGAGGGCAGCGCGCAAGCACUGCGGACAAGGGGUCCGGGACAAUGCAGCAUGCGGAUGAAGAACUCCAAGAAGAAGUGGGUGCAACCCGAAGGCUGAGUGGUGUUGCCGACGCUGUCCUGGAGGAUCGCCUGCGUGCUGCGGAGCUGGCGCGCGACGCGCUGCAUGACGAGGUGUUGGAGCUGCGCCGCAAGCUCGACGGAGAUGUUGCUGCAGUGCCGCAGCCCACGCAAGGGGUGAAGGCGCAGGCGGACGAAUGGAUCGCGGAGCAAGUGGCGGUGCUGCGCACUGAACGCGCGCAACUGUUGGCGGAAUGUGCGGCGCUACAGGCGGAGAUGAGCCAGUUUCGCUCGGGGGAGCUUGGCCGCCGGGAUUUGGAGGCGCAGGUCGAGGCCUUGCGGGGCCAGCUACAAGCCUCCCGCUCCGAGCUGCAGGCAGCACGCGCGGACCUGCAGGCGGCGAAUGUUGAGCUGUCGGUGAAAGGGGAGCUCAUGGCUGCGAAGGACCGCUCGUUGAUAACUCUACAGGAGACCGUGGAUGCGCUCAAACUAGCUCUGCAAGUGACCCAGCAGAAUGUGCAACCGACAACGUUGUCACCACGGCUCGUAACCAAUGAUACCGGAGCCGGGGGCGGGGAUUCCGCAGCGGACAAUGACCUUGACAAAUACCACGGCACUGUUGCGGCGCUGCAGAGCAAGUUUGCGGAUAGCGAAUUCACGAUACGCCGCCUUGAGAAACAGGUUGCGGCCUUGGAAACGCGGCUUAGUUCAGACGAGGCUGCGUCAUCGACGCCAAAGUUAGGUCAGGCGCCGGACGCAGGCAGGCAACGGUCCUCGCAGCAGCAAUCCCCACGACGUCAUGCGGCGGGUGCUAUUACCCUUGAGCAACAACUGAUUGAGAAGGACGAGGAGGAGCUGGAGUAUGCGAGGGGCCCAACUGCCGCUGCUGCCGUAGAUCUAGGGCAUGCUGCGAGUAGCCCGCCGCCUCAUGGCCUAACUGGUCCCAGCGGUGCCGAAUUCGUAAGCGCGGCGACCAUUAACAGCCUGCAAUUGCAGUUGGAGCAGUGGCGCAACGUCAGCGAGGAUCUUCACACGCGCUACCUUUCAAAGAAAGAAGCAGUACGGCGACUCCGCGAGCAGCUAGUGGCGGAGCAAAAGCGUCGCACGGAAGAGCAGGUUCAAGGACAGGUGCAACUUGAAGCAGCUUCCCAUCGCCUCGGCCGUCUUUCAGCGGACCUCGGCAUAGCGCUACGCCGCUGCAUCGCCUUGGACCUGCAGCCUCUCUCAGCCACGGUGCUGACCACCAGCCCGCGCACAAUGCCCGGCAGCAGCGCUCUGCCAGAUGACAUUAACGCGCUUGCGGCGCUGCUGGCGCGGCAAGGAGCAGCGCUGGUCGAGUCCCUGGAAGCAGCUCUGGAUCAGUUGAAUAGCGCACGUGAGGACCGUACUCUCCUGACAGCACAGCUGGCGAACCGGCAGGCAGUCCUGGACGAGUUACGCCACCACCUGACUCAUCAGGCUAUAACGGCAGCCGGAAGGCCAGAUUUUCAGGCUGUGGCGUCUUCCAGUGGGACGGCUCUGACUGGCCCGACGGCCAGCCAAGUGUCACCGCCGCUGCUGGGCAUGUCCUUAACCUCAAAACCUGCAGAUGCCCGGCAGGCCACGCCAACCGUAACGGCUACCAGCCCCGGGACAAGCACGCCCAUUGGCGAACAUUCGACGCCCGUAGCGGUGGAGACAUCCCCACCGGCUGCGUUCGUGCGUGCGCCAUCGUCCCAUGCUCUUCAUACGGCUCCAGGUAACCUGGCACAAGACAUGACAACCCUGUCCACGCAGCAGGCAAACUUGCGGAGUACGUUGCACGGCUUGGAACAGCGGCUUGCUCAGCAACCAGGCAGGCAACGGUCCUUGAGCGUGGCUGCAGUCCCUCCUGGCACAUCCGGCAGCUACACGCUGAGCACCACGCUCUCAUACCCCACAACCUCUCCGCUGCGAGCCCGUCCCAGCACCAUUGCUGCAGUCGCUUCGAAUGUGCUGACUCCAGUUGUCCCAGACGGUAGUCCACCGCACGCGUAUGUUGGGAUUAUUUCAGGCAGCCGCAUCGAGCCACGCGCAUCAUUGCCCGCUACCAGCACCGGCGGAGGCUUGCAGAGCAGCUUCCGUCAGACGUACAGUGUGUACAGCCAGCCAUCACUGUCCAGCAUAGGGCCUAUUGCGCCUUCCCCGGAAGGCUCCCGGGUGUUACAGCCUUUUGGGCGGGAUGCAGGGAGCACAGCAGCCUUCCGCUCCCCGCCACAGCCUCAGAUCCUUGGGAGCCCCAGGACCGGCACUGGCAGUACGACUAUGCCACCGGGAGCGUUAGAUCUGUCAGCGACAGUAGACGUUCAAGCGCUACCGCGAGCUGGAGCUGAUCCAUGCGCUCUGGGCUGCCUGACCCCCGAGCUGCUGUCCAAGAACGGCGUGCAGUUCGGUGAGGCUGUGUGGUUCAAGGCCGGCGCUCAGAUCUUCCAGGAGGGCGGCCUGGACUACCUGGGCAACCCGUCGCUGGUGCACGCUCAGAACAUCGUCGCGACGCUGGCGUGCCAGGUGAUCCUGAUGGGCCUGGUGGAGGGCUACCGUGUGAACGGCGGCCCGGCCGGCGAGGGCCUGGACCCGCUGUACCCCGGCGAGUCGUUCGACCCCCUGGGCCUGGCUGACGACCCGGACACCUUCGCCGAGCUCAAGGUCAAGGAGAUCAAGAACGGCCGCCUGGCCAUGUUCUCCAUGUUCGGCUUCUUCGUGCAGGCCAUUGUGACCGGCAAGGGGCCCAUUGAGAACCUGAACGACCAUCUGGCCAACCCGGCCGUCAACAACGCCUUCGCCUUCGCCACCAAGUUCACGCAGAUCUUACUGCUGUGGCGCCCGUGA